UACGAAAAGGAGAGUGUAGGUUCUAUAAAAGGAGAACCAUCUCCAUUCUCCAUUUCUCCUCAUCCGACCAAACAAAUCAACCAAACAGACCCAGAUAAUAAUUAAUCAAACAAAAUCAUGGAGGGUUCCAAGAGUUGUUGCCCACCUGGUGAAGCUAACAGCAAAGCAUGCUGCAAGUGCGGGCCAGGAUGGACUUGUGUGAUCAGGAAAAUUGAAGAGGCUCUACCUGCUGAUGCCAGGCCUUUCACCAACUGCUGCGAUACCUGUGUCUGCAUCACGGAUGAAACAAAGAAAGUGGAGAGUGAAGGAGGAUAUUGUGUAUGUGGAGAAGGGUAUGCUUGUAGUUUCACAAAGACAGAAGGGCCUGAUGCUGGGAAAGUGUUCUUUGAGUGUGGUAAUGGUUGCAGGUGUGAGGUUUCUGCUUCUGGUAAUGAGGUUAUUGUCCUCAAGGAUGCCUAAUUAUUCUGUAAUCAAAUAAUUACCUCCCAAUAAUAUGUAUAAUGCUACACGUACUAUUGCUCAUGUACUAGUACUAGUAGUUUACUCCAUUAGUCCAUAUAUAUGGACUAAUUAGCUAGCAUUUUGGGAGCCACUGAUGCACUUUUCAGUACGUAGUGUGUGUGUGCGCAUGUGUUAUUUCAUCGAAUAAGCACUGUAAUGUUGAUUGUAAUGUUGGUGUAAUAUAAUUUAUAAUGUUAAUGUUGUUGUUGCUUGUUAA